AUGGAAACGAUUCGCGACUUUCGAGUAUGGUUCUGGAAUUCUGAACACUGGUUAUUUAAUGCAACAUGGGAGGAGUUCGAGAACCCCCCUCCAGGAGUAUAUUAUCCUCUAGAGAGACACAUUCUCCUCCCUAGUGUGGCCAUAGGAGUCAUUAUACUGGGUAUCAGACUUGUGUAUGACCGGUUGGUAGUGGUCCCUUUUGCAAAAUACAUGGGCCUGACUUUCAAGAAGACAUACCACGUGGAGAAAAACCCUGUUCUAGAAGCUGCGUACGCUGUUGACAAGUGUUGUGAACAGAAAUCCUUACAGGAACUAUCCAAAAAGACAAGUUUGACAGAACGACAAAUACAGAGAUGGUUCAGAUACAGACGUGAACAAGAUAAGCCAGGGCGGAUGAAAAAGUUCAGGGAAUGCAGCUGGUAUUUCCUGUUCUAUACAACCAGUUUCUGUUGUGCUUUGUAUAUUCUCUGGGAUAAACCUUACUUUUGGGAUUUUAAACACUGCUGGAUUAACAACGCUAGACAACAUGUUACCAAUGAUAUUUACUGGUACUACACCAUAGAGAUGGGGUUCUACUGGCAUUGUCUGGUCACUCUGAUGACUGACACCAAAAGAACGGAUUUUCCUGAAAUGGUCAUCCAUCAUUUUGUCACCAUUCUGUUGAUAUAUUUCUCCUUCAUGUGUAACCAGACUCGAAUUGGAGCACUAGUGCUGCUAUUACACGACUCCAACGAUAUCAUGAUGUCUGCUUCUAAGAGUGUCAACUAUUUAAAGAAACAACAAUUAGCGGAAGUUUUAUUCGUCCUGUUUUUUGCGCUCUGGAUAUUUUCCAAGCUGUAUAUCUAUCCGUUCAGGAUGGUGUGGUCUGCCACUUUUACAUCACAACAGUAUAUACCUAACGUCACACGUUACCCUGUUUACUGGCUCCUAAACGGUCUACUGUGGGUACUACAAGUACUACAUAUCUUAUGGACUGUUAUGCUUGUCGGCAUCAUCACCUCUAAGUUUACUGGCGACAAGAAGAUGAGAGACGUCAGGAGUGACACGGAAGAAUCAUCCGGAUUAGAAGACACCGACGUUUCCAAGGAAACGGGUGUGAUAAGUAAUGGAUCCACAGAAGGAUUGAGUAGACGUCCACAAACGACAGGAAAUAGAGGUUAA